GGAAAGCCUAACGCGUCCGAGUUAACUCACCUUCGUCUUCCUCAGAAUAACAUCAAGAUCCUUGAAAACGAACAAUCCUCCGUGAUUCGAUCUCUAUUUUCGAGAGCUUAAUUGUUUGUUUCCCAAUAUCAUUUUACAAGACCAUGAGUUUCGUGUUCCGAGGGAAUAGAACAGAUAUAGAGGGUGGAUUUUCAGGAUUUACUCCUGGGAGACGUGCAUUGCGCGUCCAUGGUGCACGGCCUGUUAAUUCCAACUCUCUUGCUUUCCUUGUUACAGUACUUUUGCUGUUCAUGAUAUUAAACUCACACCAGAUGUCACCUAAUUUUCUGAUUUGGUUGGUGUUUGGUGUCUUUUUUAUGGCAACUUCCUUACGGAUGUAUGCCACCUGCCAACAACUCCAAGCUCAGGCUCAUGCUCAUGCUGCGGCAGCCAGUGCCCUUCUAGGCCACACUGAGUUACGGUUGAACAUGCCACCAUCCAUUGCAUUUGCAACCAGAGGACGCCUACAAGGACUUAGACUGCAACUUGCACUUCUUGACCAUGAGUUUGAUGACCUAGAUUAUGAUACUUUAAGAGCACUUGAUGCCGACAAUGUUCCUACAGAUUCAAUGAGUGAGGAAGAGAUAAAUGCCCUUCCAGUUCACAAGUACAAGGUUUCUGCCCCUCAAAGCAGUGACUCUUCAAUGCAACAGGCCUCUUCUUCAGCAUCACCUCAGACGAAGCAGAACCACAGUAAUACAGUGGAGAGCAUGAAAGGUUCAGAGGAUGAAUUAACUUGCAGUGUUUGCUUGGAGCAAGUUAAUGUUGGGGACCUUGUCCGUAGUUUGCCGUGCUUGCAUCAGUUCCAUGCUAAUUGCAUUGACCCGUGGUUGCGGCAACAAGGGACAUGCCCUGUUUGUAAAUUCAGAGCUGGAUCCGUUUGGCACGAAUCUGCGCAGAAUGGAACGGAUGCUUCAUACAUGGUUUAAUUCUUUUUAAUAAGCAGGUUUAUCAAUGUAUCUAAAUAAUCUGUCUGCAUGUAUACAAGGCCAUGGAUCUACAUGAAACAUCUUGUUGAUUAACUUAUUUCCGGCAAUGGUUUCAUCAUCCAAUGGUCGGAAUUCAUGUAAUCACAUAGUAUAGUUGUGUUACUGAAGUUUCAACUGAAAAUCACGUCUCAUUUUAUCCUGUUACUGUAACCAAGGUGGGGUGAUCAAUAGGACUUGAUCGGAUCUAGCUCUUUCCUCAGGGACUACCAAGAGCAUGUACAAUGGGAGUUCUCUCCCUGUGUUCUUUCUCAAAUGAAAAGAGAGACAGAAACUCCACCCCUAUUGCAGGGAGUAAACACAUGUCAAGUGG